AUGAGAUUUCCUGUUGCUGCACUAUCUCUCGCAGCUACGUUCACUCCCAGCCUUGCUCGAUCAUCCGCAGUGAACGCGUCAGCAUUCGUGUCCAGCAACGGAGAUACUCAGAUUCUCGGAACCUCUAGUAAGCAGGACGCUCCUUUUUCCAGCACCUCAAGAAAAGGUUCUUCCGUCGAUUCCUUAAUGACGGACCCAAUCUAUCCCGGUACAGCAGUCGAACGCCUAAAUAACGUGAGACUUCGCGUUGCUGAAAUCAGCAAAGGGAACGACUUAAAUGGGCCUUGGGAAGACGUCCGACGAAGAAUUCUGUGGGCUGGAGGGUUGCGUGAUUUGUCGAACGCAAUUCCAGGCAAAGGGUACACAGGUCAUAGCUUUUCGGAUUACAAUCACGUCGAUCUAACCUGUAUGGUGGAGAAUGUGUCGGACAACGAAAACGACGGACGAGUCAAGAGAAUAGCACUAGGCAAUCAACUCGGCGAGGGUAUUCGUCUCGCUUCUCUUCCCGAAUUAGGGCCGGGUGGAAGUUGGUCUACGUGUGCUAUUGGGUGCAACAAAGAACCGCCGCAGGAUGUCGCCCACCUACAGUUUCGAGCUCGUAUUGCCUUCAAACUGGUUUGGGUGCCGAACGAAAACUUCGAUUCCUUUGUGCUAGUGGACGACGACGGCAAACUGUUGGGAAAGGGUAAGCCUUCCAAUACGGACGAAUUGCCUCCUAUGCGCGAACGGCAGCUCAAUUACCGUAUCGUGGAAGGCUCAAAGUAUGCUUUCGAAGCCGACAAACUGGCACGCAGUGUAGCUGCGGAGUAA